ACAGAAGAAACAGGAAGUGGGACCAAAACAAAGGAGCGGCGGCCGGGAGCAGACCUACCUCAUAGCCUCUCGGUUCCGCGCCCGGCCCUGGCCGCCGAUCCUAAGGAGCGGUCUGACCAUGUCCAACAUGGAGAAACACCUGUUCAACCUAAAGUUUGCGGCCAAAGAACUGAGCAGGAGUGCCAAAAAAUGCGAUAAGGAGGAAAAGGCCGAAAAGGCCAAAAUUAAAAAGGCCAUUCAGAAGGGCAACAUGGAAGUUGCGAGGAUACACGCCGAAAAUGCCAUCCGCCAGAAGAACCAGGCGGUGAAUUUCUUGAGAAUGAGUGCGCGGGUGGAUGCGGUGGCUGCCAGAGUCCAGUCGGCGGUGACGAUGGGCAAGGUGACCAAGUCGAUGGCCGGUGUGGUUAAGUCGAUGGAUGCGACAUUGAAGACCAUGAAUCUGGAGAAGAUCUCCGCCCUGAUGGACAAAUUCGAGCACCAGUUUGAGACGCUGGACGUCCAGACGCAGCAAAUGGAAGACACGAUGAGCAGCACGACGACGCUGACCACUCCCCAGAACCAAGUGGAUAUGCUACUCCAGGAAAUGGCAGACGAGGCCGGUCUCGACCUCAACAUGGAGCUGCCGCAGGGGCAGACGGGCUCUGUGGGCACGAGCGUGGCGUCGGCCGAGCAGGAUGAACUGUCCCAGAGACUGGCCCGCCUUCGGGAUCAAGUGUGAGGGCAGAACCGCUCCGAGGUUUCCUGGCUGUGGCCGCCGAGGGAUACUCCACCCUGGAAACUCACCGUGCCAGAAUGCUGACUUGCCCUUCUCCCUUUGGGUUUACAGCCCUCUCCGGAUGUAAUAAGAAAGUCCAGUCUUUUCGCAACUCUUAACUGGAUUGCAAAUUUCUGUAUAGCUUGUGAUGAUGUGUAUUUUUAUAGCUGCCUUUUAACAACUAGUUAAUUUGGUGUAUAUGGGUCUUUCUCGAAAAUUUGGUCAGAGCUCUAGUUUCUGUGUGUUCAGUUUUCCACCCGUAAAAUUAUCAAACUGUAAUUUAACUUAGUAUGAUUGACAAUACCUGGAAUGAGAGACAGCGUGUAAAAAUUGGAGGGGAAAUGAUUAGUUUGGUUACGUGGCUAUAACCCCCUCAUUCAGUAAUUGAAUGGACAGUACUGUUUCUGUAUGUCCUAUUUAUUUUUCCCCAUCAAGAAACACUGCAAUUGAUCUGUUCUCAUAACUUUUACUAAAAUUAUCUUAGGACUUCCGUGCAUAAUGCGUUCUGUUCACAUUCUAUAAAUUUUUCAUGUGCUAAUUGUAUAGCUUGAAAAAUACCACAAAACUUCAUUUGUUAUCAGGAAAAAUUUAAUUUCAUUUAUAUUUUCUGUUUACUACGGAGGGUUUUUUAAAAGACAGAAGGUUUAACACUGGAUAGUUUGUUUCAAGCAAACCUAACCCGUUUCUAGUUGUUUUUCCCAUUUCAAACUUUAGACUUAUUACAAAGUGUGUUAAUUAGCAUGGCAGUCAUAUGACUCACUUCAGCAUUGCCAAAGAACUGUUGAUUGCUUUGGGGAAACCCUUGGGACUGUGUGUAUUUAGGUUUUGUUUUGACUUUAAUAACCAAAAGUAGAAAUAAAAUUAGAACUGCAUUUUAAGUUCUAAUUAUUUGCAUUUAUUAUUUUGUCUUAAAGCAACAACUCUUUAGGAGCCUUGAUAAUAUAAUUUGGAAUGUUUUAUCUAGCCAUUCAGAUCUUAAAUAUAAAUGUAGCCAGCUGGAAGUCUGGGAAGAAGGAAGGGGGUAGAAUUGGAAGGGCAAAGAUGGGCUAGAACCCGGCUGUACCUGCUUUCUGUCAUCCCAGGAAUGUUGUGUGUGUUCUCUGGCUGAAGUACGAGGCACGUAGCCCCUACUUUCUCAUAGCCUCAAAACAUGGACAAUAGCAACUUGCUUUUUGCCUUGGCGAGAAUCCUUUAUAUUAACCUAAGCUCAGUUCAGUUCCCCCUUUUCUUCACUGGAAGAUUUCUCCAUAAGAGAAUGCCACUCUUGCAGAAAGUAAUUAUAGGGAUUCUUCGUGUUCCCUGCAAGAUUCAUAAUCAGGUGUGUGCACCAUUGUAACAUGUUUUCCAGUGUGCUGAGUGUUUAGGAAAAUAAAAAGUAACGUGUGCUGAGGAGGACCGACCUCUUGUGUGUGAGUUGUGUGAUCUCUGCCUGGAUGUUGUUCCGAAGUCUGCUUGAAGGGCCACCUGUUGAUUGUGUGAUUAGCAUCUGCUCCACAAAGGCCCUGUAGAAGACGGUGUGUCUGUCCACCCGCAGGGCCAUGUGACAGUACAGCAGGAGCCUUGACCCCUCUCUAGACUGAAAGAAUUCAUUACAGCCUCAAAGAUAGCUUAGUGGGGAAUCCUUUGGUAAAUUUAAGUCCCUUUUAUAAUGCAGAUAUUCCCGACAAAAUAUAUAUAUUUUGUGAGAUUAAGCAAUGCUUGUAUAUGCUUGAACUUUCUUAAAAUGUUCACUUCAUACUAUAUGAAUGUACAUUUUUACGAAUCAUAAAUAUUAUUUUCAAAAGCAUUACAGGCCCAUGAAUUAUUUCCUCACUUUUGGAGUUGAUAAAACCCUGAAAUGUAAAUCAUAAAUUUAUCAAAUAAAUAAUUUUAAACCUUA